AAAGGGAAGCAGUCAUAAACUCCUGCCUCAGGUCACAUGUUGCAGGCUAUGCUUUUUGCUUUAGAGCAUAAUUUUAAUCUGAGCAUAUAACAGCAUGAGGAGACCACUAGCAGCCCAGAAACUUACUCCUGGAAAGGAUGGGCUGUAACUUGAGAAAAGAGUAGACAGCAAGACUGCAAGUUGAAGGGACGGCCCAUGUGUAUGAGGAUGGUUAAAGCCUUUCGUUAUUAUUUCCAACAUCCAUGGAGUCGACUGGUUGUGGCCUACUUGGUGACUUUCUUCAAUUUCCUUAUUUUUGCUGAAGAUCCUAUUUCUCACAGUCAGACUCCCGCCAAUGUUGCUGUUGUUGGAAACUGCUUCUCUUUCAUAGCAAAUAAGUAUCCUGGAGGAGGAUGGAGUUUCUUAAAAGUGCUACUGUGGUUGCUAGGUAUUAUUACUGGCCUUAUUGCAGGAAAAUUCCUCUUCCAUCAGCGGAUGUUUGGUCAGUUACUUCGACUAAAUAUGUUCCGAAAAGAUCAUGGCUCCUGGAUGGUGAUGCUUUUUUCCACUAUUCUCUUCCUGUUCAUCUUCUCUCAUAUUUACAACCUGUGCCUCUUAAUUGGUGGAAAUAUGAGUCCCUACUUCAUUAACAAUUACAUGGGCAUGAGAAACGAAACCUUCAUGAAGUUAGCAGCAGUUGGAACCUGGUUGGGGGAUUUUGUCACUGCCUGGAUGGUCACAGAUAUGAUGCUUCAAGAUGCUUUGUAUCCUGGUUGGGGAAAGACAGCUCGAGCCUUCUGGAGAAAGGGAUACAACAGGGUGGUCUUGUUUUGGUCUGUGCUGAUCACCCUGACAAGUGUUGUCGUUAUUGUCAUCACCACUGACUGGAUCAGUUGGGACAAGUUGAACCGAGGGUUUUUGCCAAGUGAUGAAGUCUCCAGAGCCUUUUUGGCCUCUUUUAUCCUGGUUUUUGACCUCCUCAUCGUCAUGCAGGAUUGGGAGUUUCCACAGUUUAUGGAAAAUUUGGAAAUCAACCUUCCUGGUCUUCCCACAUCACAUAUUCACUUAAGACUGCCUCAUUUCCAGAAAAUAUUCAAGGAAGAAUACCUCAUUUGUAUAACAGGUAAAUGGUUUAACUAUGGCAUUAUCUUUCUUGUGCUGAUUUUGGACCUGAACAUGUGGAAGAAUCAGAUAUUUUACCAGCCACCUGAAUAUGGCCAGUACGUCGGGCCUGGGCAGAAAAUCUAUACAGUGGACGAUCCAGAGUCAUUAAAGGAUUUAAACAAAAGUACUCUAAACUGGGAAUGGCGAUCAACUAAUAUUAACCCACUCACUAACAGGACCUAUGCCCAGAGUGACUUGUUUUUGCACAGCAGGUAUAUUGGUGCCAGACUUGGUGUUAAGUGUCUUGCUUUUGUCCCAAGCAUCAUGGCAUUUAUCUUGUUUGGGUUCUUCAUCUGGUUUUUUGGAAGAUUUCAGAAAAGUGAAUUAAUUGAAGACAAACAAGAUAAUUUGUAUGUAAAGAUCAAGAAGAAAUCACCAUCUGAAUUUAGCAAAGAUUUAAAUGAGCCUGCAGAAGAGGGACACAAAUCUGAGACUAUAAAGGAUGAAGCACUGAUGUCCGCAGGGACGGAGGUGGCAACAGCUACUGUACACGGUACAACCUCUACUUCUUCUGGAGGUUUCCUCAAGGAUUCACAGGGCAACAGUGUGCUUGAAGCAAGGCCAGACACUGAACACAUGUCUCCUGUUGUUCUUCCUGAUCCAUCAGCAAAAAAGUUACCUGACACAAAUGUUCAAGUUUAAACUUAAAAUAAGCACAGGCCUUAAGCAAGAUUUUAGCUUUUCAUUUUUACACAUUUAUAGACCUUUCUACAAUUAGUGUUACAGUGGCAUUUUGACUUAAAAAUUACUGACCUAGGUUUUAAAAACUAACUAACCAGAGUAUGUAGGUGGUGGUCCUGCAGUGGAGGGCAGAAAUUGCUUUUAUUUUUGAAAAGCAUAUUAUUGUGCCUACACCUAGACAUUCCUUUAUGUCUUGCCUUUCACAAUAGCACACGGUUUAUGUCAAUGCUGUAUUAAAUUGUAUGGUAAUAUAGUAUUCAUCUCUAACACAAGGGUAAAAUGAAAAAUACCGUACUAGUUGUGCCUUGAGAAGUUCCAUUUUGUACUGUUGUCUCAAGGAAUUUUUUAAAAUCUUAGAUUUUCACCUUCACAAAGCAAAAACAUUAGUAGUUCUUGAUUCUCUGAUGGGAUUACUCGAGAGACUGCCAGACCUUAGCUCAUGUAAUACUGCGUUCUUCUGAGGCUGAAAUUGGUACUGGAAGUUUGGUAUAUGAAUAGGUGAUUCUAAUGCUUAAUUGAUUAUGGCGAAGAUAGUAUUGUCAGCUGAAUUACACAUGCAAAAAGCGCUGUUGAUUAAUCUUUUAGUUCUGAUGAAUUGGCUGCCUGCCAAAGAAAGCUGUGAAGGUGAUGGGGAGGAGACAAUACUGCUCUGUGUGGGCCACUGUGUACAAAGAGGAUAUAUUUCACAAUCUGUAUUUCACAAUCAGAAUUGCAUUGCAGUAAUGUAUACUAAAGCACAAACAUCUGACUGUAUUUAUGUAUGUAAAAAUACUAACUACCUACAGAUGUAGAAUAAAUGGUGUAAUCCUUUCA